AUGACUGCCGUGAGCAUGAAGGCGAAGAGAAGGCGAGAGAAGGGUGGAAAAAAAGAUGAUUUCGUAAGAGGCGAGAAGGAGUGCCAUCACGUCCCAGAGCGGGAUAAGCUGGCCCAGCAUCAACAGGAGAACACGUGUCAGCGAUCGCAGAAGAAGCGGUCUAGAUGGGCGACGCCCGAUCAGGGAAGGGGUGCCCAGGCAGGCGGACAGAGGGAUCGCGUCCGAGAUCUGGAGGGUGCCCGACAAGAAGCCAACCCUAAGCCUCUGCUCAAUAGCUCGCUCGCUCUCUCCACGCAGAGAAUGAUGGCGGUGGCAUCCAUUAGUCUGGCAUUGAAGCUUCUCGCAGCGAUUCUCAAUGACCCUUGUGUCGCGCUUAGUGCACUGAUGCUAAUGGGACAUGCUUCUGCGUCGUCCCAACUCUCGAACUCCACAUGUGCACGGCGUUCGGCGCUGGAUCUUGAUAUGUCAAUAGUAGCCGAUGAAGAGCGGCAACAAUCCUGA